AUGGUUAAAUCAUCCGCCGUCCUACUGGCUGCUGCCAGCACUGUCGCUGCCAGCCAAAUGAACGCCAGACAAUACACCAACACCACUGUCGCACCUUGGAACGACUGGACCUCCACCACCACCACUACCACCGAGGUCACCACCACGACCUCCGAGGUGACCUGGGCUGACUGGACUUCCACCACCACCACCACCACCACCCCCUCCGCGGUGACCUGGGCUGACUGGUCUUCCACCACUACCACCACCACCAAGCCAGCUGCUGUCAAGACGACCACAGAGCCGGCCGCUGUCAAGACGACCUCAGAGGUUUGGGGUGACUGGACCACCACCACCACCACCAAGCCGGCCGCUGUCAAGACGACCACUGCUGAGACUGAGGUCUGGGGUGACUGGACUACUGUCACCACCACCACCAAGAAGCCGGCCGCUGUCAAGACGACCACCGCUGAGACUGAGGUCUGGGGUGACUGGACCUCUACGUCCGUUGCUCCCGCUCCCGUCAAGAGCACUACUGCCCCAGCUCCGGUUGUUGAGAGCACCACCGCCACCUGGGGAGACUGGACCAGCACCCCCGUUGCCAGCACCCCUGUUGCCGUCACCUCCGUCCCCGUUGUCAGCAGCUGGGUUCCUACCACCACCGCUGCUCCCGUUGCCACUUACACUGGCGCUGCCGUCAACAACAAGCCUGCCGUGGCUCUGCUCGGUGGACUUGCUGCCUUGAUCGCUUUGGCAUAA